GAUGCCUUUCCCCUCCGCCCAACAACCCGCCCCCAGGCUAGACUGACCAAUGAUCGAGUGAGUUAGCAAGGGGCUAAUAUGAUUGACGAGGGAGUGGGGCGCAGGGAAGCCCGCUACCGUCGCUGUCCAAUUGAACCUGAGGCCGGGUCGUCAUCGACCAAUCAGCGGACGGAACGGACUUCGACGUGCCCGCCCAUCACGCUUGGCGUUGCCUGGAGCCGAAGUGGGUGUAAGCUAAUGAGGGGGAAGCUCGGCAUUGAAAGAGCGGCGUUGAUUAGCGAAUCCGGAUUGUUGUUGAUGAAAGCCCACUUGUGAUUCGCCGUAAGUAGAGGCAACCCCCCCCCCACCUCCGUGGGCUGGAACAGACCUGACUGAGAAUCAAUGGCUGGCACCGUGCUCGGAGUGGGUACAGGCGUGUUCAUCUUGGCCCUGCUCUGGGUGUUAGUGCUGCUGCUGUGUGCCCUGUUAUCCCGAGCCUCUGGUGUAGCCAGGUUCUCUGUCAUUUUUGUAUUCCUUGGUGCUGUGAUCAUCACAUCAGUUCUGGUGCUUUUUCCCCGAGCCAGUGAAUUCCCAACCCCAGAGGUGGAAAUUAAGAUCGUGGACACCUUUUUCAUUGGCCGCUAUGUCCUGCUGGCUUUCCUCAGUGCUAUCUUUCUUGGAGGACUCUUCUUGGUUCUAAUUCAUUACAUCCUGGAGCCUAUCUAUGCCAAACCACUCCGGUCCUCCUGAUCAUUCUUCAAGAAAACCGAGACCCUGUUUUGAUGCCACUGAUGAACAGAAAGGCACUCUUCAGACCCUUAUUUUGAGGGUCUUCAUGCCUUAAGGUCUGAGGAAUCUCCAUGCAUCCCUCUGAAAAAUUCCUUGAGUCCUGGGUUCUAAAAUCAGGGUUGCCAAAUUAUUCCUGUGGGGAAAACUUCUCACCAGCUUAAGAAGGAAUGGUGCCGUCUUCUUACCACCAGUACUUCCGGUUUCCUACCUGUUUAGAAAGGCAAAAAGUAACAGUGAUCUGCAUAGAGUAGAUUUUCAAUCAGGAUGUUACUAAGUGGAUUUUGGGAAAAGGAGCAUUUUGGCUUCUGUUGUCAAAUAUGCAGAAGUACCUGACCCUUUUGGGUAAUAUGUAAAAUUACAUGUUGAAUGUAUUGAUGUAUUGAAAUGAUCAGAAGAUCAUGUGGAAAGGAAAGGUACUCAAAGCUCAAAGGUUGUUUUAAUAUGGUUAUUUGGAAGACUCGUUCAGAUGUUGGUUAUUGGAUACUCUGUGCAUAUUAUUAGUCCACAGAACUGUAAAAGCAAGGGGGUCUCACUUCCCUCUGGGCAAGACAGAAACAAUAACCAAACAGGUGACUGACUUCAAAGUCUUGGCCACAGGUUUUGGAAUGUACAUUUCAAGUUUGCUUGGGAAAUUAAAGGAAAUAUAUAGAAAUGUUGGGUUUUUUGUCUUACUGCUCUGUAUUUUCUGGGUUCUUUUUCUUCUGGGAGUUGGUGACCUUUGUGUAUUUUAUUUAAUUACUGUAAGAGUCCCUUCUGGGCUGUUGUCAUCUCUCUUCAUCCUUGUAGCCCUUUCUCCAAAGCUGGUGAGGAAUGUAUCUUCUCAGGACUAAAUAUAACUUUAUAGCUGUCUGAGACCCUUGAUGAGGUGAGGCUUAUUAUUAAGUGGAGGAGCUGUGGGCUGGUUCUGCUUUGGAAAUCUCGCCCCGACUCCCUGAGCUAUUCGAAGAAGAGUUUCCUGGCCUGAAGUUAAGAACUAAAAAACAAUUUGGAAAGAGAAUGUUGUCUGAGCACAUGCUAUAUGGCAGUAGAACACUAGUUGCUUUGAAGUUUAUUUAAUUCUUCCAACAACCUAUUUUUCAUCACCCCCAUCUUAAGGCAGAAAAAACUGAGGCUUAAAGAGAUUGACUAACUUGCCCAAGCUUCACAUAACAGCAAAACAGUGUGAAAACCCAGGUGUGGCAGACUCCAAAGCCUGUCUAGGAUUAGAAAGAAAACAGACUUUUUUUUUUCCAGAACUUUGAGAGUUUUAGAAAGACUACGACCAUUUCUCUUUAGCUUUCUCUGCUGGCUCCUUGUCAAUGUGGGUACUCAGUCCUGUCACCCAAGGGGGUAGGUAAGCUCUAAAGCAAAACGGUGGAGAACUCAUGACUUUUUUGAGAGUCAAGGGCUGGUGAGGGUCAGGUAUUGUUAUCCCUACACUUCAACUACCUCUUUAUCUUAUUCAGCUUGAAAAACUUUGCAGAUAAGGCUUUAUCGCAGAAAUCUUCAAAGGAAAUAGUUUCUUAAUCUGGACCAUGGUGCACAGGGAAGACAGAAGAAAGAUCCUUCCAGCAGAUUAGAGGAGAGGAGAAUGCAGAAAUACUGAGGGAAGUGGGGUUAACCAUGGGAUCUCCUGCUGCUGUGCUACCCUCUGGACACCUGUGCUGAGCCUCCAGUGAUCUGCACCCCCAGGCUGAGGUGCUGAGCCAACCCAAGAGGAACACGACUCCGGACAAGCACAGCCUGCCAUUUGUCACUUUCUCUUGCUGAAAAGCAAAUCUGGGAAAACUCUUACAGUUCGCUGACCACAAAUCUAUCUUUUUUAUUUUUCCAAAAAAGUGUCCCACUUAUAGCCAUGAAGGUUUGUGUGACUAUUUUCAUGGAGGAAAAAGUGCGUGAAGGUUCAAACUGAAUUCCUUUCCAAUCACCAGCACUAUAUCACCUAAUGCUUUUUACACACAUGUGACUGUCAGGCUUGUGUAUCAGGGGCUGGCUUUCAGCAAAAAUGAUACUUUGUAAAGUGUAUUUCACUGGGUAAAUGUAAAUCGGUGAUAAGAUUACUAUCUACCUGUAUACUCAAAGCAGUCAGAUCCAACCUGGAAAAACACCCUCGGGGUUGGGAUAAGAAGUGGAACCUGUGAGGGCACAAAAUGAAUUUCACUGGGAGUUUUCCAUGCCCCUCUGUAAUGGAUGUCUGACAUGGUGCUGUGGAUGCUCUCAGCCUUCCUGGAGAUGAUCCCUUAAAUACCAGCAAACCAUCCCAGUGUCCCAUUACACAUUCUCUGGCUGUGCUGUACCGGUCCCUACCCAGAGGGGACCCCAGGGAAAGAGACUGGCGUGAUCCUGUUUAGAAGAUGGAGAGUAGGGUCACUAUGAGUCCCAACAGACUCAACGGCACCUAACAACAACACCAUAUAAGAAAAUAGCUUAUUUCUUAGCCUUUUAAAUUUGUAUCCUGACAAAAGCUAAAAGAGCAGGGUACUUUCCUAUCCCACAAGAGAGAUUUGUCGGAUCAUUUAGGUGGUGCUCUGUUUUAUUUUAGAAGUUUCUCAAGCUGGCAAAAUACAAUCUGUGGUCCUGACCUUACUUGGUCAUUUUUGACAUGUUUCCUAAAUUUCUCAGCAUAACAAUGGAAGUAAAGCUAACAUUCUUUAUUGAUGCAUGGUGUUAGGUCUUUCAUCUGAAACUGUACCAGGAUUAUUGUAUCACUAUUCAGGGACCACCCCUGGUACCUGAAUGCGUAGCCACUCCUUCACGCAUCCAGCCAUUCAUUCAGGAUCUAUUGUCUGCCUAUGGGGUAUAGAGCACUGUUCCUGUGGGGUUACACCCCAGUGAAGAACUAGGCUCCGAGGUGCCUAGGCCAUCUCCCAGCUCCAUGCUAGGAUGAAAGCAUCCAAAUGAUUUUUCGGUGUUUUUAUUCUAACACAAAGUAAUCCAUUUCUCCUUCUGUUCUUUAAGACAUAAACUCUGUCAACUCAAUUUCAGUGUUGUUGCGGUUGAAGCGUUUUUGUUUUGUUUUCUGUUCACUGUGUAAAGAAACCUGCUCAAUUAUGGUACAGAUGAGAAAACAGGCAGAGGGAGGGGAAGGAACUCAAAGUUUCACAGCUCAUUAGUAGUAGGGCUGAAACCUGACAUCAGGACUCCUGACAUCUCAUUUCCCAGUUUAAAGAUCGUUUCAGCUUCCAGACAACUGCUUAUUUUUACAUUGGUUAAUACCGUGUCUGAUGCCAUCUCCCUAACCUAUUUUCAAAAAAGUUAAAAGUUUUAUUAAGGAAUUUUAAUUACCAUGUACCCUACAAAUAACAUUUUAUCGUAACUUCUUGGUUUAAACCUUUAAGUAUUUGGCUAUUGUUACAUAGGGGCCAAUUUCUAGAUGUGGGAAUGGGAACUGUAAGGAAACAAAUCUGGUGAAGUGUUGAUUAUCUUCAUUAAACAAACAAACAAAAAAAACAAAUCCAUUGCUGUCAAGUCCAUUCUGACUCAUAGCAACCCUAUAGGACAGAGUAGAACUGCCCCAUAUAGGAGCAUAAAAAACUCAGGAUUGGAAGAGUUCAAUCUUUAACCUUUAUUCAUCCCAAAACUUGGAAAUAAGCCUAUUCUUCAUGUCCUGAAAUCACAGAUUUUAUUACAUUUAGUAAAUGUGCUUGUCAUUUUUCUAAGUGCUUUGUAUUAACUUAUCUCAUCCUCAUACCGACCCUCUGCUGUAGGUACAAUUAAUAUCCUUAUUUCACAGAUGGGGAACAGGCAGACUGGUCAGGUGACUUGCUAGAGAUCACUAGGUAAGUCGCAGUCAGGACUUGAAAGUCAGGCAGUUUGGCUCUAGAGUCUAAGCUCAGGAGGGACCGAGGCUGGGCAGUGCCAAGCCACUUGAUAGAAAUACCAAAGAGAAUUAGCUGAGUCAAAACCCAGAAUUUUACGAGAUUGGGCAGGUCUGGAGCAAACCAGUUAAGACUCAUUGGACCUUGGAGACAACUUCAUCAAUCAACCCUGGUUUUGGUGGGUCAUUAUUAUGUUUCACCCACUUCCCUGGGUGGCACAAACAGUUUGCACUUGUCUACUAACCUAAAGGUUGGUGGUUUGAACCCACCCAGGGGCACCAGAGAAGAAAGGCCUAGCAAUCUGCUUCUGUAAAGAUUACACCCAAGAAAACCCUGUGGAGCAGUUCUACUCUGUAACACAUGGGGUCACCCUGAGUCGGAAUCAACUCAACGACAGUGGGUUUGGUUCAUUUUUUGUUAGGGUUUGGCUUCCCCCUUGCUUAGAGAUACAGUUAAGCUGCUAGUAACUGGAGUUUUCAAGAAGACAUACGUAGCAGUCACUCCUUUCAGCACUGACCACCUGGAAUCUUUGAUGCUUGGGUUGGUUUUCAGAGGACCUAUGGAAGAAUCAAGGAGCCCUGGUGGCUCAGUGGGUAAGAGCUCUGCUGCUAACCAGAGUGUUGGCAGUUCGAAUCUACCAGCUGCUCCUUGGAAACUCUAUGGGGCAGUUCUAUUCUAUCCUAUAGGGUCACUAUGAGUCGAAACUGACGGGAUGGAAAUGGGUUUGCUUUGGGUUUUUUUGGUAUAGAAGAAUCAAAGGCCCAAACCAACAGUGCUUUUUCCUUGAUCCCUGUCUCUAGCAGAUCACUGGUGGUAGAAGUAGGAUGGUUUUCUUCAGGGGAAAAAAAAAUGUGUCCAAGUCUUCCCCCAGCCCCAAAUACGUACUCUUGUCUCAGUUUCCUGAGACCUAGGAAAUGACGGCAAGAGUCUAAGUCAGGACUGAACACUACUGACAGAAGGAGCAAGUUCACAUAUAUGAUUUCCUCACAUCCUGUUGGCUAUUAUAAAGGAUGUGCACGUAGUUGGCCCAGACCUGCCCUCAGAGAACUCACUGGAGCAGUUACACAGGCAGCAUUUAUGCUGCACCUCAACCCUACAAGGCCCUCCCCUCCACUUUAAUUUGGAGGGGGGUUUCUUUUGUUUUCCUGCGUUUCUUUCCUGUCUUCAAGUUGAUCGUGCCCCAGUUCACAUGGGAAUAUGUAUUGGCUUCCUACCGCUGCUGUAACAAAUUACCACAAACCUAGAGACUUAGAGCAACACAGAUUUAUUAUCUCACAGUCCUGGAGGUCAGAAGUCUGAAGUGGCUUCACAGGCCUAACAUCAAGGCUUUGGAGGCUCUGAAGAGAAUCCGUUUCCUUGCCUUGGUUCAUGGCCUCUUUCUCUAUCUUCAAAGCCAGGAGUGUAGCAUCUUCAAAUCUUUCUGACAUUCGUGCCUCUCUUUCAUUUAUAAGGAGCAUCAUGAUUACAGUGGGCCCACCCUGAUAAGCCAGGAUAAUGCGCCCAUCUCAAAUCCUUAAUCACAUUUGCACAUAUUCCAGGAAUUAGGACAUGGACAUCUUUGGGGACCAUUAUUCUGCCUCCCAUAAAAUAUAUGGCCCAUUCUUCCAAUGCUAAGGGUCGCGUACUUCUACCUUCCAUCCACACCCUACCCUACUCCUUGAUGUACAGAUCUGCCUCUUUAUCUCCAGGCCACUCUCCAAUUUGCAGGGUCCCCCCAUCCGCCCUUAGCGGUAGCCGCAGAAUGCUGAGGCCUAUCAACAGCUUCUUUCCCUUUCUUUUCAUUGCUUCUUUCUUCCCCCCAUGUUAGCCCAG